AUGAUCUCUACCACGGCGCCACCGGUCGGCCAGUCAAGCCGCCGGCAGGCCGUGUCGGAAGCUGCGCCAUCACGGGUAGUUCCGAAGCCGGUCCCCAAAGCGCAGACUGAGGAUGCGAGAGGAUAUCAGAUCGGACAAAUCAGAAAACGCUUCUCGCCGAAGGAAUCAACAGUAGAGAACGGUACUACUUUGCUCGUGUUCAACCUAUCACCUUCAGAUCCAGACUUCCCUUUUGAACUCGAUUCCUUGAAAUGCGAGCUGAGAGUUCCAAAGAGUUAUCCCAAGGGAUCACAACUACCGUCCUUGUCCGUCAAAAACAAGGACAUUCCACGGGGCUUUGCCGUCAAUGUGGAAAGGGGCUGGGAUAGACUUGUCCAGGAACGCAAGGGGGCGACAUUGCUAUCAUUGACGAAUGCACUGGACAAGAAUCUUGAGGCGCUCCUCUCGGAGCAAGAAGCCUCCACGGUCAAGUUGACAAUCUACAAGGAUACAAGACAUCUCGAGGGCGUAGAGCAAGACACCCCAGCCCCAGAACCAGCCACGCUGGCCCAAGCUCUACCAGUAGAGCCUAGGAGGCGUUAUGUUCCUGAAGAGUCCUUCAGUAAGGAGCAGAUUGCUACCGCCAAGGAGAGAAGAGCUCAGGAGACACGACAGCUCGAGGCCAGAAUGGGUCGGCUACCGCAUUAUCACAAGUCUAGUGACGGGAUCAUCUAUACGCUACCCAUUGAACCGAAACGUCGGUCCGACCUCCCCUCUGGACUCCAGACAGUCAAGUCGUUUCAACUCAUCGUCCCUCUCCUAUAUCCCCUACAGGCCCUACGCGUCCUCCUGAACGAAGUUGAGUCUGAGACGGCUGAAGGUGUGGAAGAGCUGUUCAUGUCAAAGGCGGCAGAAAAGAAGGAUAUGUCACUCAUGAGCCAUAUCAACUACCUUACACAGAACAUCCACGUCCUGUCAAAGCAAGCACAGGCGAUCAUUCAACGAGAGACGCAAGCCCGGGCAGCUACAGAGAAGGCUUCGGAGCCCACUACUCAAGAAGAGCAAUCAACGCAGAAGCCUGCUAUCACGGAAGGAAGAGGUCAAGUUCAGGUUAUUCCGAGACCCCCUGAAUGGUCCUAUGGCCACGAAUCAGACACAGAUGGCGAGGAAUCUUCUGAUUUGAGCACAUCCGAUAGCGAGGAUGGCGGCGCAGCCACUUUGGAAGCCAUGCCCUUGAGCUCUUCACUACCUGCUCAAAUUGUGGAGAGGGGCACGGCCAUAUCGUUUCCGUCAGUGGAACUGCACGGCAUCGAACUUCUCCAAGUAGCGAUCAUGAGCCUCAGCGUCAAAUGUGAGCGCUGUAAGACAAUCAACGAGGUUGGCGGGCUGAAGGACGGCGCGGAGAAGAACGGCAGCUGCAGGAAGUGCGGGACUGCUUUCACCGUCAAGUUCAGGCCAGAGCUUGUACAUCAGAACUCAACGCGUGCUGGCUUCAUUGAUGUCUCGGGCUGCACAGUCGCAGAUCUACUCCCCAGCACCUUCGUACCUACAUGCGCAAAGUGCUCUACGCCGUCUCAGGGGCUAGUCUCUGUCCGCGGCGAGACGACUACAAAUGUGUGCCGCGAGUGCCACAGCCGCUUCACGUUCAAGAUCCCAGACGUCAGAUUCCUCGCCUACACGGCUGGCUCCGGCCUCCCCCUGCCGCCGACGUCUGGUCCGCGGCGGCGCCAGGAGAAGCUGGGCCUGCACGCGGGCGAGCCACUGCCCGAGCGCGGCGCAUGUCCUCACUACAAGAAAAGCUACCGUUGGUUCCGGUUCUCGUGUUGCAGCAAGGUCUACCCGUGUGACAAGUGUCAUGACGCGGCCGAGGAACACAUCAACGAGUGGGCAAACCGCAUGAUCUGCGGCUACUGCUCGCGCGAGCAGAACUACGCCGUGGAGAGCUGCACGUUCUGCGGGCGGUCUGUGAUUGGCAAGCGCGGAAAGGGGUUCUGGGAGGGCGGACGCGGAACGAGAGAUAGGGGGCUCAUGAGCCGGAAGGAUAAGAGGAAGUAUAGGAGGAUAGGGGGCGGCGGUGAGGCGACGAAAAAGCCAUAG